GCGUUUGUUCGCUGAGUUCGAACCUAUUCACAAGUCUAUAAGAUGGAAAACAGUCUGAAGGACUUAGCCUCAGACGACGAAAAAAUUACAUCUGAACAAGUGCCUGAAGAUGCGCCUGUUUCUGCAAAUGAGCGACCCAAGCGUGGUAAGCCCGAUCUGGAUGGGAAAGCCGGUUCUUCGAGUAAACCGUCGACUGCUCAGAAACUCAAAAAGUUCAUCUGUAAAAGAAGGAAAAUCGAAAAAUCUUCACAAGCUCCGUUAGCAUCAGGUGUUGAAUUUUCAUCGUCUGGAACAUCUUCAUCGUCGGCAUCAUCAUCCGACAACGAAGGGGCUCAUGGAACAGACCUUACCGCAGUUUGUGGUGAUAACGACGGGAAACCUGACGGUAUCACUAACGCUCAAAAGGUCUUUUUCGCAGUAUUCGGAAUUUCACCUACACCAAAACCUGCCGGCACUAAUCAAAUCGGUUGGCCCGAUAGAGGAUUCGAACUUAGUGACCAGGGUGCAUUUGUGAGGAAAGACUAUUUUGUAAUGUGCACACUGAAAUAUUGGUAUACCGAAAUCCCGAAAAUUUUGAAAAGGAACUUUAAGAUCAUAAAGAAAUGCAAUUAUGAGAAACAAGCUAUCAUACAAGCCAAAAACAAUGUUCAUAUUCCCACAUUUGAUUUUACCGGCGUAUUAAUGGUUUCUAAGCACUACAUGGAUUAAUAAAAACACGAAAUUGUUUAAAAAACAGAGGAACAAAAUGUCUGCACCGUGUUUUUAUUCGAGCGCAUAUAUUG